AUGGUGUUCUACCGUCUGAAAGACCUCAUCAAGGCCAUCCGUGCCUGCAAGACUCACGCCGAUGAGCGUGCUGUCAUCCAGAAAGAGUCGGCAUUCAUCCGCACUUCCUUCAAGGAGGAAAAUACCGAGCUUCGCCACUCCAACAUCUCCAAGCUGCUUUACAUCCAUAUGCUUGGUUACCCUGCCCACUUUGGUCAAAUCGAAUGUUUGAAGUUGGCUGCCAGUCCCUUGUUCUCGGACAAGCGUCUGGGUUACCUCGGUACCAUGUUGCUUUUGGAUGAGAACCAAGAGGUCCUAACCCUUUUGACCAACUCGCUCAAGAAGUAA